GCAUUUUAUUUUGGUGGUUACAUAUGUAAGACGUGAAUUUAUUUUACUUAUUAUAUUUUAUCUGGUUUUUGUCGAUCAUCAAAAAUUAAUAAAAAAGGAAACGAUAACCGAUCGAAAUGUUAAGGGCUGACAUGUAAAGAUAAGGACGAUCCGUGAGAAUAUUUAAGUUUUAUAGUUUUAAGAGGUUUUCGGAGAUAACAAAAUAAACAGAAAUAGAACUUACUAGUACUUAUGCGGGUAAAAAGGUCACUUCGGAGAAAGUUAUAAUGUGUGGGAAUGUUGGUAUUUACAAGUUCUCAAAAAACAUAGGCGAUGACAGAUGUUUACCAGCAUUCUUUUAAGGGAUAUUUCUAAUAUGAUCCUUUUUAGAAUUCAGUUCGAUGGUAACUUUACUCGAAAACAGUCGUGGAGCAGUGUCCACUUAUUCUCCCGUAACUUUUCUUUAGUGCUGUGGUUAGUGCCUUUAUUGAACUAUCAAACCUGACAAAUUACAAAGGUAUGUAGUAUCGUAUCAUCUCAUAUCAAUGAUCUCGAAUCCUGACCUAAGCAAUACAUUUAUCAUUCUGUCUUCUUACACGUUCCAAAUAUAUACCACAAGUUACUGUAAGUACAUUUAUCGUUUUGCUACUGUUUAAAAGUUUACUGUUUAUAAGUUUAUUGUUGUAAUACUUUCUGACAAGAUGUUGUACAUAUUAAAAUAAAAUAAAAAUAAUUGUAAGUAUUAUAAUACCCCCUCUCAAGAAUUUAGGUCCUGACACAUACUGAAAAACUGAAAAGUGUUCCUGUGUUUUCACUAGUAUUUUUUUUUAAAUACUUGUAAAAAUAGAUGCUAAAAGAAAAGGAUUUAAAGGCCGACUUGGGUUAAAUGCAGUUAGAAAACGUCCAGGUCCGAAAAAAGGACACAUUGUUACAUUAAAAAUGAAGGACGAAUCUACGUCAUCAAGUAAUUUUGAGGCUAUAGAUCAAUCAAGUGGCAAACCUCUAGACGAGAAUAAGACUACAGCAGUUGACGCUAGCGAAGAAACAAUAACAGCAUUUCUUGGUAAAGAAAAUGAAAGUAUUGUACGAAAUACCCCUAAAACAAUUCAGAACCAAAAUGAGGAAAAACCUGUUAAAUUAGAGGGAAGAAGAUUAGUGGAUAUUCAAUAUUUCUUGGAUUGUGUGAAAAAUCUAAAUAACCACGAGCCAAAGUUUGGGUGCACCUUAAGCAACAUGAAUGUCAUAAAAGAAGUUAGAAAUGGAUAUGUGUCAAUAUUUAAGCUCAAGUGUGAUAUUUGUAGAGGAACAUACGAUCUGCAAACGACAGCCAGAAACCCGAAUCAAGAUGCUGUUCUGGGGGUGAUGAUGAUAGGGGCAGGUUACAGUGCUCUAGCGCAGCUUUCAACAUGCUUAGAAACUCCUUUUCCAUCUCAACGGACAUAUCGAAUUCAGGAAGAUAUUCUUGGAGAAACUUUUGAAACAAUUUCUUUGAAAUCUAUGAGACAAGCUGGUGAGAUGGAAAAGAAAUUAGCUAUAGAAGCAGGUGAUCUCUCACCUGAUGGGGUUCCUAUGAUUACUGUCGUAGCGGAUGGAUCUUGGGCCAAAAGAUCAUAUAGAUCCAAUUACAAUUCUCUUUCAGGAGCUGCAGCAAUUAUAGGCUGUAGAACUAAACAGGUCCUUUUUAUUGGCAUAAAAAACAAAUAUUGUACAAUUUGCCAACUCUCAAAAAAUCAAGGACACAAUCAGAUGCCUAAAAGGCAUAAAUGCUUUAAAAACUUUGAAGGUUCUUCAACGAGCAUAGAAGGCGAUAUUUUAAAAGAAGGAUUUCUCCAUAGUUUAGAGCAUCAUGGAUUAAUCUACCAUAAAUUAAUAGCUGACGGAGACAGCAAUUUUCUGAAAAAAAUUUUAGAUGCUCAUCCAUAUAAAAAUGUCAUUGUGAAAAAAAUUGAGUGCAGAAAUCACCUUCUACAAAAUUACUCCCGGAAAAUUCGAGAUUUAGGUAAAGACGUCAAUGCUGGGCCAUUAGUUCUUCGGAAGCAAAUAAGCAAAGAACAGCUAAGAUUACGAUAUGCAGUUACAAAAGCUAUCGAACAUAGAAAAAAUGAGGGUGUUCCGAUGUUAGAAAAAAUAAAGUUGUUAAGACAAGACAUAGACAAUUCUAUUAGCCACGUUUUUGGAGAACACAAACUUUGUGCAGAAUUGGGAUAUUUCUGUCAUGAGCAAUAUAAACCCAGUGGUAGCAUAUUAUCUUAUAUACUUAAAAAUGACAGACCUAUACGACAAAUUAUAUAG